AUGGCGGGGGCUGCCGCAGCGGGGCACGAGGGCCACGGCGGGUGGAGGCGGAGCGAGCGCCGUGCGGGGCAGAGGAAGUGGCCGAGCGCGGCCACGGCGGGCGCGCGUGGUCGCAGGGGAGCCGGGGGAGGGGGUGCGCCGCCCGCAGCGACGGCACCACGCGGUGAGCGCGGACGGGACGAGGGAGGAGCGGGACGGUGCGGCGACGAGCGCGGCCGAGCGCGCGCGGGGCGCGGCGACCGCGGCGAGUGCGCGCUGGACAGGGGGGUGCGGGCAGGGGACAAGGUGAGCGCAGGGAGGAGGGGCGCCCGUGCGUGCGGGUGGCCGCGGCGAGUGGAGCGGCAGAGCGAGGCGAGGCUCGGGCGCGUGCGCGGGGGGGCAGGGCGCGGGGCGCGGCCCCGAGCGGCGAGCAGGGGAGGGGACGAGCACGGGGCGAGGGAGAGAGAGGAGGGGCGCGGCUCACGGUGGCCGUAG